UCCUGGCUGAAUGGCAGCCGGGUAAGCAGGCGGCGGCGCCGUUGUUUCAUUUAUUUUUGUCCCCCUAUCAACGGGCUCCUCUUAUGUAGUUCCACAACACGCAUGUAACACGAUCCACAAACUCUGGCGACAUGAGUGCUGAUAGUUGUGGUGGAAAAGUGGCUUUGCGGAAUCUGGUUAACUCCAUCAACUGUAUCCGAGACCGAGUCAGAGAUGGAGAAUCAAAUGAGUCCGAUGGAGCAUUCAACCUCUCCAACUUCUGGGACACUUUGAAUCAGGCAGUGAAGGCAGUGUCCCAGGAAGCCACUAAACUCAGCCUGGCCUUCUCCAAACCUCCUCUGCCAUCACAACAGGAUGGAGAGAAGCUGGCAGAGUCCAUCAUGAAGAGCAUCCUCACACUGUCCACAGUGUAUUACUGGCUACCUAAGAGCCAAGGGCUGGCUCUGCGCCGACUGGUCAGAGAUGCUACUGUCGAGGUUCUAGAGGGAGUUGCACAACUGGUAGAGGUCAUAAUGAGCUCACCUGUAGAAAGCCUCAGCCAGGAACAGCUGAUGUCAACAGGAGGAGUGUGGUCUGCCUGCGACCAGUUCCCUCAGUUGUCAAAAGAUAAUAAGGCAGCAGUGGUCGUGGUUCUGUUGUGUGAGGUUCGAGUUGUGAAAGAUGCCAUAGAGGAAAUUGAACAGGCAUUAGCUGAGGGUGAAGACCCAUUCAACGACGUACUCGAUGAUAACCAGGACGGAGAUGAACCCCGAGGCAACCAGGAUAUGUACUGGUCAGAGAACGAUCGGCAGGUGAUUGGUGCGUGCCAGGGACUGAUAAAAGCAGCAGCAGCUUGUCUGAGGAAACUUAAAUCAGCUGUCAAAUCCAACGGUGACUUCAGCACUCCCCAGAACGUGUCACAGCUUGACGACUUGGCUGAUAUCAGCAAAGAAAUCAGCCCUGGCGUUGAUGAUCUGGCCCUUUGUCUCUACCCCCCCAUGGAUUAUAAUGGCGUCGAAACCAAUGUGUGUAAAUUAGCAGCACUUCUAAAGAAAGUUCUGGAAAUCAUCAGGUCCAGUCACGUGUGUGGGGAGUCAGAACUGACCUGGGUUCAGUUCUUAGAUGGAGCCAUCGAUCACAACCUGCAGAAAGCCAAAGACCUCAUUCAGCAGGAAAGCUAGUGUAUCUGUGCAGUUACGCGUGUUUCUGUUGUUUUGUUUUGGGUUUUUUGUUGUUGUUGUUUUUUUUUUUGGGGGGGGGGGGGGUAUAAAAAUGCUAUGGAUUUUGAAACAAGUAUAAAUGUGUGCAAAUGAAAAAAAUAAUUAAGAGGUGGGACUUCUUACACUGUUUUUUGUGAGAACACAAUGUAAUCUGCAUAAAAUAACAUGUCAUAGAUCUCACUUACUCAAAUAAACAGCAUUUUCAGUUCUGUUAAAAUGAAAGAACAGCUUCAUCAACAGAUUAUGUAAGCAAAAUAAAACAAUAUCACUCUGGUUAUUCAUUUUGAAUCCUCUACCUGAAAGAAUGGGGAGUGAAAUAUAACUUUCAUGUUGAUGGUCACAGAGACAUAAAACAGUCUGAAGAAUUACAGAUCAAAUUUAAGUUAAAAUGCUAUUAAAAUGUUUGGUGACUUUGCCCAAAAAUAAGGUUAUGCAUGUGCCAAGUUACUUGUUUUGAUGAGAUCUUAGGGAUACAGUUGGCUAAGAAAAAACGUGAAUGCACUUAUCCACAAGUGGAUAAGGUCUGAAAGCAGAGCGCACAAACACUGGGAAACGAAAGGUUACUUUUCUCACUGUAGAAAGGUGUGUCUACCAAAAUUAUGCAGAAAGUAGAUGUGAGUCCCUUUAGGGGGAAAAUGCCACUGUUACGCCACCAACUGGUGUGCGAAGUCCCGUGAAGCUUUGUACUGUCGUCAUCUAGCAAUUUUCCCUCUUAUUCACAGAAAUAUAGGUAUGGUUCACAGCCCAGGUCCUUAUUGAACGACAAGUGGAAUGUUCUGAUAUUAAACUUUUAAAAGAUA